AUGUGGAGAUCAUCGCCAGCGCAACGCGACACCGCCCGCAUCGUGUACGAAUUCUUACGUCAAACAUCCUACAUCCGUAAACUACGGUGGAGCUCGGGUGCCGCAAUGUCGCUCUCUCCAGACACGAUACUCCAGGCCGUGGACCUCGUCAAAAAGGCUGUCGAGAUAUACCGUCGCAUCCAGGACCUCCCGGCGCAGAUGACCGCUUUGGGCCGCCGACUGGAGCAACUCGGCAUAUUCCUCGGCUAUCUCGCCGGGUUCGUGAAGGCGAAACCAAAGACGGCUUACGAUGGCCUACUCGCCAGCCAGAAAGGAGAGCUCGAAGGCAUCAUGAAAGGGAUCAAGAGCAACGUUGAUUCGGCGUACGAUCUCUUUGAGCGGUACGAGAAGGGCAUCCUGUCUCGUCGCCAUGACAUACACUUUCGCUUCAAGUGGGCAGCGCAGGUAUGGUUUUCGCUUGCAGAAAACACCCCAGAGAAGGUCGGCGCGCUAGUGGAGAGCAUCGACAAUGACUGCACGUUUCUGAACCAUUAUCUCGCCCUCAUGAACGCACAGGGCAUUGAACACCUGAUAAACAAGGACAAGAAAGGCGUCCGGUCUGUGUCGCCGCUGCCCCGUACAGACUGCACAAUCAUCUUCGUUGAUCCGUACAAUCAAGGCCGCAGCAUAAUCGCAGCGGCAUGGGUCUACACCUUCAUGGCCUGCACGCUCAAGGCUGGCGCCCAGUGGCGCAUCAAGCACUGUCAUGCCGCGGGCUUCUUUGUUAAAAGCAGGUCCGACUGUAUUGACACUAUUGAUGGUUUGGAAUACAAGUACAAGUCGUUCAAGAAGCCGUUCAAAGACGGCGCCGCGAUGCCAGAGCGGAACGCCCGCGCUGCGCUGUUCGAAAGUAAGCAGUACGACUACCCUGAUAAGAAAUUGGUGGAGGAUAAGAUAGCGAGCUGGAGAUCACGAGGAGUCAGAAGCAGCAUCUUCAAAGACUAUGACUACAUUGUCGUCUUCACAAACCGCGAGCACGAUAACAUGACCAAGUUACGAAACGCUCUCAUCAUGCAGGAGGGGCCAUCAGUCGCGCCCCGUGGGAAAGGAAAGCUUUUGAUGCUCGGUGCAUAUCUCUCCCCACCAGCAGAGAUUCUUGCACCAGCAGAGAUUCCUGAUGCGGCCCAGAACAAGAACGGGACGAAGAGUAGGGACCACUGGAACAAAGCAGUUGCGCAGUUAAAGCUGGCCAUCAAAGUGUUUCUUUUUGAAGAGCUUAAGUGGGUGGAGCCAGAGGAUAGUUCCAUACUUCAGCAAUGA